UCUAAUUAGUUGUGAUACACAAACGAUUGUCCUAUCGGAUACUACAGUUAGGCUAAGCCAAUCACAGCUGAUAACAGGAUUUGAAGAAAGCUUUAGACGAGGCGAUAAUUGACCGAGUCAUGAGCCUAACAUCCAAAGCUCUAUUUACUUUGGUAUGUUUUCCUUUCGUUCUUGCUGGAGUCAGCAGUCAAGUACUGAUCAAUGAUUCUCAAGCCAUUCAAGAUUUCCUCCUUGACUACAACACUCGAGCUGGACUAAUAGCUUAUGACCUUACAGAGGCCACAUGGAAUUUCAAUACUAAUCUGACAGAUUAUAACCAGAACAUUACGCUUGAUAAACAGCUCAAGUGGGAUCAGUUCUUACAAGAAGCAGCCAGCAAUGCUACUGGAUAUGACACAUCAGUUAUGUCCGAAGCAGACAAGAGACAGUUUCAUAUUAUCAAAGAUAUUGGCAUUUCGGCACAGACGAAUGAAACCAAACUUAAGCGACUAAACAAAAUCUUGAGUGAUAUGGAAUCCAUCUACAGUACAGCUAAAGUAUGCCUUAACUCAACAAACUGUGUUCCACUAGAUCCAGAUUUAACCAAAAUAAUGGCCGAGUCACGUGAUUAUCAGUUACUAUUAGAUGUCUGGAAAGGUUGGAGUGACGCCAGUGGUCGUAAGAUGAAAGAUCUGUAUCCUGAGUACGUAGAGCUAAGUAACGAGGCAGUUCAGUUGCUGGGGUACACUGACACAGGCGCCUAUUGGCGAUCCAAGUAUGAAACUCCAACAUUUGAAGAGGAUGUUCUGGGACUUUAUAACCAGUUACGUCCCCUGUAUGAGCAGCUCCACGCCUACGUCCGGCGUAAACUUAAAGCCAUAUAUGGAUCGGACAACUUCCCAGCGUCUGGUCAUAUCCCAGCUCAUAUUCUUGGAAACAUGUGGGCUCAGGAAUGGGACAAUUUAAUCAAAGAGUUGAGCCCUUACCCCAAGAAACCAACGUUUGAUGUCACCGAUGAGAUGAUUAGACAGAACUACACCGCUUUAAAAAUAUUCCAAACUGCUGACAGCUUUUUUCAAUCUCUUGGUCUAAUUCCAAUGCCUCCUGAGUUUUGGAAUAAAUCAGUGUUUGAAAGACCGGCUGAUGGUCGAGAAAUUGUGUGUCAUGCUUCAGCCUGGGACUUUAACAAUGGCAAAGAUUUCAGAAUAAAACAGUGUACAGUAGUGAACUCCAAAGACUUCAAUACAGCUCAUCACGAGAUGGGGCACAUCGAAUACUUCCUUCAAUACGCCAAUCAACCCAUUGCCUUUAGAGACGGUGCAAAUCCAGGAUUCCACGAGGCUGUGGGUGACACCAUCUCAUUAUCAGUCAAUACACCAGAACAUAUGUAUGCUAUUGGUUUAUUGAAGGAAUCCAUUGAAGACAAAAAAUCAGAUAUAAAUUACUUGAUGAGUAUGGCCCUGGAGAAAAUAGCCUUCCUUCCAUUCGGUUAUUUGAUUGAUCAAUGGCGUUGGAAAGUGUUUCGAGGAGACAUAACUCCAGAUAAAUACAAUGAAGAGUGGUGGAACUUGAGGUGUCGAUAUCAAGGUAUCUUCCCUCCUGUAGCAAGAUCAUCUGAUGAUUUUGAUCCAGGUGCCAAAUAUCAUAUUCCAGCCAACUACCCAUACAUCAGUUUUCUUUCCAGUUAUUUCGUUAGCUUCGUGAUACAGUUCCAAUUCCACAAAGCUUUGUGUGAUGAAGCUGGGUAUAAAGGACCUCUACACAGAUGUGACAUUUACAACAACACAAAAGCUGGGAAAAAAUUGAGUGACAUGUUACAACUUGGACGAUCUCAACCCUGGCCAGUGGCUAUGAAAAUAAUGACUGGUCAAACCAAAAUGGACGCUCAGCCUCUAAUGGACUACUUCAAACCUUUGAUUAACUUCUUGAAGAAAGAAAACGGCGAAGAUAUCGGCUGGCAACCUAACUGUCCAUCAUACUAGAGUUCAUGACAACAUCAACAGCUUCUGACACAGUGAAACAAACUUUAACAAAAACAGACUCUAACACAGUGAAACAAUAUUUAACCAAAACAGACUGUGACACAGUUAUACAAGCCUCAGUGAUUUCCUUUAAACAUAUCUGGACCCAUCGUAGUUUGUAUAUCAUAUACAAGGCAUUUGAACAUUAAAAUGUUUUGCACAAGAUGAAAGAAAUGUAAAAUAUAUUUUGGUCUUUAA